CUCCAUUCGAUAUUUAUCUGGGAUUUACUUUACUCCAUGCACAGUUGCAAGAAAGCGAUUCUACUUUUUACAAGUACCUGGCUACCAGUAUCAAAACAUAUGACUUCCAGUCCUCCAGCUAAAAAAGCUUGUAUAGAAAUGAAGAUUGGUACUCACAAUGGCUCAUUCCAUUGUGAUGAAGUUUUAGCUUGUUUCUUACUGAAACAAUUGCCAACUUAUAAAGAUGCUGAAAUAAUCAGGACAAGGGACCAGAAGGUACUGGAUACCUGUGAUAUAGUCGUAGAUGUGGGUGGCAUAUUCGAUCCAAGUAAAAACAGAUAUGAUCAUCACCAGAAGACUUUCACAGAAACUAUGAAAUCAUUACUACCAACAAAGAAAUGGACAACUAAGUUAAGCAGUGCUGGACUUGUGUAUUGUCACUUUGGGAAAGACAUUGUAGCCAGUAUCUUAGACAAGGGACUAACUGAUCAAAUAACAGAGACCAUCUUUGACAAAGUUUAUGAACAUUUUGUUGAAGAGAUUGAUGCUAUUGACAAUGGAGUAAAUCAGUUUGAUGGUGAACCUAGAUAUCAGAUCACAACGACACUCAGCAACAGAGUAAGGAAUUGCAAUCCUAAUUGGAAUGAAGAGAAUGCAGAUGAAAUGGUGUGUUUUCUGAAGGCAAUGAGAGUGGUAGGAGAUGAAUUCAUGGACAGAGUUUUGUACUACAAGAAGGCCUGGUUACCAGCUAGACAGUUGGUUGUUGAUGCUAUAGAGAAAAGAAAAGAGACAGAUCCCAGUGGUGAGAUCAUGGUGUUGUCAUCUGGCGGCUGUCCUUGGAGAGAUCACUUAUUUGAUAUUGAACAAGAACAAAAUAUAUCACCGUCAAUCAAAUAUGUAAUUUACUCAGAUAAUAAUGGAAAUUGGAGAGUUCAAUGUGUUCCUGUUAGGAUUGGCUCAUUUGAAAAUAGGUUAUCACUCUUAUCAGAAUGGCAAGGUGUACGAGAUGACGCCUUGUCAAAACUGAGUGGAAUUCCAGGAUGUAUAUUUGUUCAUGCUUCAGGAUUCAUCGGAGGGAACAAAACUUACGAAGGUGCAAUGGAAAUGGCAAGGAAAACAAUGAAAGAUAGAGACUCAAAAGCAAGCUGAUGGAGUUGAUUGUCUAAUCUGAGUUAAGAAGUAUUGGAUUUAAUGGCAGCAUAAUGUAUCGUUUAGAUUAUUGGAGAAAUUUUGAAUGUCAGUAAACGACUUUAUAUGGGACCUGCAGUCUUAUUUCCAGUUUUGUAAACAAAUGAUACAUUAUGAUUGAAAAGUCAGAAAGAGGCUAACAAAGUAUAUACAGUUUAAAUGUUUUUCAUUAUUGUUUGUGCUGUAAUUGAUCUAAAAGUUUUUUGAUAAAUAAGUGCUUUUGAGGUGAACUCGUGAUGAUCAGAAUUGUGAAUAAAACAGUUUAUGGUAAUUUUUAUAAAAAUAUGAAAGUUCCAUAUUCCCUCUAGAGUCAAGUGAAGAAUCGCUUAAGAUUCUAUUUUUACAAAAAUAAUAGUUAUUCACAGUACUUGAGGAAUAUGAAUUUAUAUAGUACACAUGUUUAAUUUGUAUCAAUUUAUUUCUAUUCAAUCUAUCAUCUAUGAUGAAAUCAUUUUUAUAUAAGAUCAUUUGAUAAAUUUUCAUAGUUUGUGUUGAUAUUAAGAAAUCUGAAAUGGAGUUCCAACCUGAUCUGAUAUAAAAGUCAAAAUGUUAAGUUUGUAUGCUAAACAAUAUUUUCCUUUGAAUAUCUGUUGUAUGAACAUGAUGAAUAUUAUGUAUAAAAAAUAUAUGUAAUAAGACCUU